GCCGCAGACUUGGCUCUGGGGGGGGGGGGGGGGUAGUGCUGGAGAGGAUUCGGUGCCCACGAUGCUCCAGGCAAGCGCCGUGCCGAGGAGCCGGAGCCCGCGGAGCGCCGCUCUGCCGGCCAUGAGCAGCGACACCCAGUACGAGGACACCGUCUCCAGCAGGGUGCUGGAUGAUAUCAAGCGCCGGCUGCUCAGCGCCUUCAGGGGAGCCCCCGCUCCGUGUGAGCUCGCCCAGACCAGCAGCCUGAGCAGGAGCGCCCGGGUGGACGAGGAGCUCCGCAGAGCGCAGAUCGACGGAGCCAUUAGCUGGGUCCGGACCGAGCUGUUGGAGAUGCGAUGUCAGGACCGGCAGCUGGCCAGAACAUUACUGGAGUUAAACAGUGAGAUCCAAGUACUGAGGAGAGAACAGGAACUGCGCGCCGGGUCGCCGCCGGCGCGAACCGCGGGCAUUCAGAAAUGAAUACCCUUUAUAGAGGACUGCCGCCCAACAUCAACACCCCAUUUUGGAGCCACCGAGCCAGACAGAUGAGUGCAGCUUUGACUUAUUGUUGCAAUGUAACACGUCAAGUCGAAUUAAGUAUCGUCCAUGGAUUAUUUCUGUAGAAUUCAAAUGCGUUCUGCACGCAACAGGGUAAGGGGGCGUAAUAGUUAGAUGGGUUUCAAACAGGACCCGCGCUGCAUCUUGUCCUUCUGAGGUCCCACGGGUGUUCGCGCGGGAACAGUGCCCUGACCUUCCCAUCGGCUUGGACUCCUGUAACGGGGCUGGCCUGGCAUUUCCAGCCGGCUGUAAUCGCCAUCAGAGGGGCCGACUUCUUCACGACAUCGGUUCGGGUUUGAGUGUGAGCGACACACGAUGCUGGACAGCAUCCAUGCUGCCCGGCCUGCUGAGUUCCUCCAGCAUUGCGUGUUGCUCCGAUUUCCAGCAUCUGCAGAUUUUCUCCUGUUCAGGGUUUGGAUGCAGCAGGCGCUCUACUUUACAGUGUCCGUGGGUCCAGGAUGGGUAACAGUUGGGCAGGAGUACUCCUGCUCCUAGGAUUGGACAACAAUCUGAUUUUAUUGUCCUUUGCCUCAAGGCAUUGUUUAUAAAAGAAAGUCAACUGAAAUGGGAGAGAAUACCCGACUCUUCAGAAAUGAGGCUUCACUGGAUUGUAACCUUUUUUGUCGGUGUCCAUUGAACCGUACUAGUAAUCCCGGCCUGGACUCAUGCCCCAGGGGCCAGAGUUCACCCAGAGUAAAUUUGGAUAAAAUUUGGACUUAAUGAUGUUGACAAUAUAAAACCUCGUACUACAGGGAUGGCAACUUGUUCUGUUUGCCUAGCCUGCUCACUGCGUGAUUCCAGACUCACUUCAAUGCGGUUGGGAUUCAGUUACCCUCCCAAAUCCAACAGCAAACCACUCAGAUCUAGGGCAAUUAGGGAUAGGUAGCAGUUAGUUAGGAAUGUCCAAAUCAAAAUCAAAGCAAAUUUAUUAUAGCAGGAAAAUAAAGAAAUACAACAGAAUUCAAUGAAAAACGAUACAUAAACCAAGACUGACAAAUAACCAGCAUACAAAAGAAAUCAAGUUAUACAAAUAUAAAUAAUUCUGAGAACAUGAAUUGCGGAGAAUUCAUAGGUUGUGGAAUCAGUUCAGAAUCAGGCUUAAUAUCACCAGCAUAUGUCGUGGAAUUUGUUGUCUUUGCGGUAGCAGUACAAUGCAAUACAUAAUGAUAGAGGAAAAAGUGAAUUAUGUUAAAUAUAUAUAUAGUUAAAUAAGUAGUGAAAAAAAAUAGAAAUUAAAAAGUAGUGAGUAGUGCUCUUGGUUUCACUGUCCAUUCAGUAGUUGGACGGCAGAGGGGAAGUAGCUGUUCCUGAAUUGCUGAAUGUGUGCCUUCAGGCUUCUGUACCUCCUACCUGAUGGUAACAGUGUGAAGAGGGCAUGCCCUGGGUGCUGGGGGUCCUUAAUGAUGCCGAAGUGAGUGAAGUUAUCCACACUGGUUCAAGAGCCUGAUGAUUGAGGGGUAGUAACUGUUCUGAAAUCUGGUGGUGUUAGACCUGAGGAUCCUGUACCUCCUUCCUGAUGGUAGCAGUGAGAAGAGAGCGUGAUCUGGGUGAUAAUGGAUAAUGGAUGCUGCUUUUUUGUGUCAGUGCUCCCAGAAGGGACGAAAAACGAUUCUCACUAUGGAGGUUGGAAGCUGAUAAGGGAAAAUUUAUGUCAAAAAACUUAAGCAAUGUACUGUAAAUAAAUUACGUUCUACUGCUG